AUGACUGUUACAUGUCAAUUUUGCCUAUCACUAAAUUUCUCCAAUGAAAAACCAUCUGAUGAAAAAUUACUGGAUGUUGCAGCAAAGGUGCUGACCCCAGCACAGAUCAAAUCAAUUUGCCAAGCAAUUCUCAACUCUGGAAAGCAAUAUGCCAUGAAAAAGAGGAAACCAUUUCCUCUGAUGUAUUCUUACUACAGAUAUGAAUAUUUGGUUCUGUCCAGCAUAAUGCUUCUUUCUUAUUAUGAGCACAUCAAGCCCUCAGAUCAGGAGCUGGUAUGGCAGAGUGUGGACUUCCUCAUGGAGCAGGAACAGAACUGCAACUGGCUACCUGAGCUUGGCAAGGUCAUUAAGAGAGAGAAUGAGCUGGUGCACUGAUGCCAUGGAGCUCCAGGCAUUGCCUAUCUGUGCAAAGCUUAUCUGAUUUCUAAGAAACCACAGUACCUGGACACAUGUAUCCAGUCUGGGGAACUCACAUGGCAGAAGGGCCUACUAAAAAAGGGGCCAUGAAUUUGCCACAGUGUAGCUGGCAGUGCUUAUGUCUUACUGUUGUUUUAUUAGCUCAUAGGAAACUCUAAAUAUUUUUUAUUUAGUGAGGAAUUCAAGGCCAGUUCUCGUGUCCUUGAAAGUAUAUACAGCAUGUAUGAAAGCUUCUUUGGGAUGGUGUGCUUUUUGAUUGAUCUGCUGCAGCCCAGUCAGGCUGAAUUCCCUCUCUUCCAAGUCUUUGUUUAGAAGGCUCCAUCUCCCACUGUGGUCCUGUUUAAGGUCCCUGAGAUUUCCAGAGCUACCCAAGGUAGUUUCCACAUAAGCCA